AGAGUACAGCCCCUUGGAAUUAUAACAGUAUUGCGUUAAGACUUAGUUUACAUAAUUUACAUAUCAUAAAUAGAUUUCAUAAUAAUUCUACCGGCACUAGUCUAGAUCUAGUUAGUAGAUCUAGAUCUAGAUUAGAUAUAAAAGGUUGAAAAGAUGGAGAAUGAUAUCUUAGAUUCACUGGAAGACCUUGGGUAUGAUGGCCCUCUUCUGGAUGAGAAAUUAUUAGCGGAUGCCUUGGCUUCUGGUGCAAAAUCUGUAGCAUAUACCCAACUUGUGGAAUGGGCAGUUUCACUUUUAGCAAGUUUUUACAACAUUGACUCUAAAGUGUCUGCUAUACAAGGACCUUCUGAUUCAGAACACUUUUUAAUGGAGUUAAGUGGCUUUUUAAGAGAAUUUGCUUGUCCCUACAGUGUUUUGACUGAAGGACCCAUUGACAAAAGACUUGCUACUAAAAAUGCAUGUUUACAACUUUUAGAUUACCUGCUUACAGAGUUGGCAAGUGCCAAAAUUUUAGCAGUAAAGAAACCUGCUAUGUUAGCAACUCUGUCAACUGGCUCCAAUGUUGUAACCGAAAAGAGUGAAUCUGAUAUUGCCAAACAUUUGAAGGAGGCACUGAUGGCUCUGAAGUUUCCUAAGCCACCAGAUAACAUUACAUCAUUUGAUCUUUUCACCAAACUGGAAAACAAGUUGAAAGGCUUAAUGUCACAAAAUCCUGAGUUAGCAGGCAAGCCACUUCUCAAAGUGCGUAUGUCUGACCAACAGUGGGCUCAGAUACUUGAAAUCAAUGCAUAUCUAUCAGAGGAGUAUAGACUUAGACGUGAAAUGCUGCUAAAAAGACUUGAUGUUACAAUUCAAUCAUUCAAUUGGUCUGAAAAAGCUAAGAACAAUGAAAAUAAAAUAGCUGAAGUGUACCAGCCUAUUAGGAAAAUGCUGAUUGCUAAAAAUGAUGUGACUCUUGCUCACAUUCUUGCUGCUAGAGAUGAUUUGACAAGACUUCAAAAAACCAGCAGUGGUGAGGCCAGAGAAAGAACAAAAUGUGCAAUAAACAAAAUUCUUAUAGGAAAAGUUCCAGAUCGUGGUGGAAGAGCUUGGGAACUGGAACCGCCACCACCAGAAAUGCCUGCUUUUACCAAAAGAGAUGCUGGAUCUCAAGGCUCAGCCAGAGGAGGAAGAGAAGGUGGCAGGGGUGGUGGUGGUGGAUCCCGUGUUCAAGGAUCUUGGGGUGAUACUCAAGGCAAGGAUGUUGGGGGAAACUGGAAUCAGGGAGGAGGUGGAUAUCAUCAAGGAGGAGGUGGAUAUCACCAAGGAGGCGGUUAUCAACAAGGUGGAUACCAACAGCAGGGAGGAGGCUAUCAGAGAGGGGGACAAGGAGGGUAUCAACAGGAUAAUUACUCACACAGAGGAGGCUACCAAGACAAUUAUCAGGGUGGAGGAAGUUAUCAACAGGGAGGAUAUUCUCAGAGAGGGGGACAAGGAGGCUAUCAACAGGAUAAUUACUCACAAGGAGGAGGCCACCAAGACAAUUAUCAGGGUGGAGGAGGUUAUCGGAGUGGUGGAAGGGGAAGCGGCAGAGGUGGAAGAGGAAGGCAUUAAAUCCAUUUUUAUUGUUUACUUACUUUCUGUAUUUUGACUUGUUUUUUUUUUUCUUUCCCCACAAAAUAUCUUCCCACUUGAAAAUUGUAUUUAAAAAUGUGUUCUAAAUAAAAUAAAGACAUGUCAACACA